UUUUAAUAAAAUAUUUGAUCGUAUUAUCUGUCACAUUGGCAGUUUGAAAAUUUUAUGUGCGCAUAGGCAUGAGCGCAGCUUCUGCACUGAAUCGUCUUCUUUCCAACAAGACCUUCAACUCCCAAACCCAACCCACAAGCGCCAAAGCCUUAACCAACACCAUCCUUGACCUCCUCAAAGCCAAUCAACUCCGCAAAGCCGUUUCCAUUCUCUUUGCAUCCCCUUACCCUGUCCCUUAUUCCUUGUACGCCCGACUAUUCCAGCUUUGCUCUUCAACUCUUGCAAUUGUGGAGGCUCGAAAGGUUGAAUCACAUUUGGUGACAUUCUCUCCGACCCCACCAAUCUUUCUCCUGAAUCGGGCCAUUGAGAUAUAUGGGAAAUGUAAGUGUUUGGAGGAUGCAAAGGAAUUGUUUGACGAAAUGCCUCAAAGAGAUGGUGGGUCUUGGAAUGCAAUCAUUAAAGCUUACACACAAUGUGGGAGCGCAAAGAAAGCUUUGGAUUUGUUUAAGGAUAUGAAUAAGGAAGGAGUUCUUGCAAAUGAGAUUACAUUUGCCAGCGUUUUGGGUUCGUGUGGUGAUGUUUUGGCGCUUUCUCUAUCAAGGCAAAUUCACGGGCUUAUCAUGAAAUAUGGGUUUUCUGGGAAUGUCGUUUUGGGAAGCGCGCUUGUCGAUGUGUACGGAAAGUGUAAGGCUAUGAGUGAAGCGAGGUUGAUGUUCGAUGAGAUUGAGAAUUCUAAUGAUGUUACUUGGAAUGUAAUAGUCAGGCGCUAUCUUGAGGCAGGCAAUGGCAGGGAGGCGGUUAUUAUGUUUUUUAAGAUGUUCCAAACAGAUGUUAGACCGCUAAAUUUUACCUUUUCUAACGCCCUUAUUGCAUGUUCAGCUAUGCAUGCGCUCAAGGAGGGGAUGCAGAUUCAUGGAGUUGCAAUUAAGAUUAACUAUGAGGAGAAUGAGACGGUUUCAAGUUCUCUUAGUAAUAUGUAUGCGAAGUGUGGGAAAAUAGAGAGUGCUCGGAUGGUUUUUGACCAACCUGGUGAAAAAGAUUUGAUAUCUUGGACUUCAAUAGUCUCAGCUUACGCAAUUAGUGGGAAAACAAGAGAGGCCAGGGAACUUUUUGAUGAGAUGCCUGAACGGAGUGUUAUCUCAUGGAACGCUAUGUUGGCGGGGUACACUCAUUCUCUCCAAUGGGAAGAGGCCUUAGAUUUUGUUUGUUUAAUGCGUAGGACAACUGAAGACAUUGACCACAUCACCCUAGGAUUACUUUUGAAUGUGUGUGCUGGUCUUUCAGAUGUUGAAAUGGGAAAACAGGUCCAUGGGUUCAUUUAUAGACAUGGUUUCAGUUCCAACAUCCUUGUUUGCAACGCUCUUCUUGACAUGUAUGGAAAAUGUGGGAACUUGAAAAGUGCUAGAGUUUGGUUUUACCAAAUGAGUCAAUCACGGGAUAACAUUUCUUGGAAUGCAUUGUUGACCAGUUAUGCCCGCCACCGCCAGAGUGAACAAGCUAUGAUGAUUUUUGGGGAGAUGCAAUGGGAGACAAGACCCAGUAUCUUUACUUUUGGAACUCUAUUGGCAGCUUGUGCAAAUAUUUUUGCACUUUGUCAAGGAAAGCAAAUACAUGGGUUCAUGAUUAGAAAUGGAUAUGAUAUAGAUAUUGUAAUCCGAGGAGCUCUGGUUGACAUGUACUCUAAAUGUCGUUGUAUUGCAUAUGCUGUCACAGUCUUUAGAGAGGCAGCUUCCCGGGAUGUGGUUCUUUGGAACUCCAUAAUUUUGGGAUGCUGUCACAAUGGAAGGGGUGAAGAGGUACUUAAAUUGUUUGAAUUAAUGGUGGAGGAAGGGAUUAAGCCAGACCAGGCUACCUUUCAAGGCGUAUUGCUUGCUUGUAUUAUUGAAGGUCGUGUUGACUUGGCUAGCCAGUAUUUUAAUUCAAUGAGCAAUGAAUAUUGUAUUAUACCUCGGUUGGAGCACUAUGAGUUUAUGAUUGAACUCUUCAUUCGGUAUAGGUGCAUGAAUGAGCUUGAGGAUUUUGUUAAGGGGAUGCCAUUUGAUCCCACUGCCUCCAUUCUUGCAAGAGUUUUUGAUGCUUGUAAAGAGCAUGGAUGGUCAAGGUUGGGAAAAUGGGCUGCUGAACAGCUUAAUGAAUGAAUCUUUUUACUCCUUUGCAAUUUGAAGGCAGAGAUAAACCAAUCUAGGCUAGUUGUGAUCACCAAAUUACAGACAAGGGAAUCUUAGUAUGCCUUGCAACUGCAGGUAACAGACUUCAAGUUCUCUUGUCAUAAGUGGAUUUAGUAUGAGGGACAUUGGUGUUAAAACUGGGGUCAAGGGCUCAUCCAAAAGUUACAUCAUGGUGACAUGCCCACUAACAUAUCACCUGCCAUUUCUAAAGAUAGAUUUUUUAUAGCAUUUUUGGGAUUGUUGGAAUUGAUUAAAGCAUCAUGUAACUGAGGACCUGCCAAUGCCCCUGCUAUUUCAAUUCCUUCAGAGACUUAGAAUUCAAAAUAUUUGUCUGUGAACAGGUUAGAGACACACUCUUUAACUUCCAACGCAGAUAAUGAAAAGUUUCCUCAAUUUUACUUGAAACAAUAAAUCAGUUGCAAUGACGCUCCCGUCUAUAUAUGUUUGGCAGACUUCAACUAUAUAGGGAUCUCUGAAUUUAGUAAAUGACAAGAAUGUUAUUUACUCUAGCUCAUUCAUAGGAGCAGUGGAAUCAGUCGCACAAUUAAGGUUAAAUCUUUGGGUUUUAUCAUCCGCAAGUAGGAAAGGAUUGAUGAUUGUGCCUAUUCAUGGUCAGAAAUGCAACUUCAAAGCUUCAAGGUCAGCUGUGUGAUUAAGGACAAACUUGGAGUUAAUCAAAGCUUAGCCCUUCUCUUUGGCUUGGUACCACCAGCAGUGAGUAGGGUUGGUGAUGCUUAUGGAGCAUCGUUAGGUGCUAUUAACGGUAGGGAGAGGAGGAAUGAUACUGGUUCUCCCAUGAUUUCUCUCUUCAAAAGUUGAGUAAGAGAGAUUACAUGAGAAAUUGGUUAGGAAAUUGUGUGUGUGUGUGUAAAUUUUUGUUAAUUGAUUUUUGUUCAAUUUGGGUUUAUUUUGUUCCUCUAUUCGUUAGAGUUGGACAAAUGUCUGAUUUGGAGACAAAAACUUGGAAUGCUUGUUGUAUGUAAAUAAUAUUAAGAGAUGAUCAUUCUUAUCUCACCUGGGAACUAAUCUUAUCAUCAUUUCUGUAAA